AUGUAUUCAGAAAAAACUACGAGAAGUAAUGAAAUAUACAUAACGAAGAUUAUGGUGCAGUUCAUUCAUUUGUAUCCUAAAAUGACCGAACAAAAUUGUAGUUUUUCUUUGAUAAGAAUGAAUAAAAUGAUUGAUUAUAAGUUAAAGUAUCAGGGGGUAGGGUGAGAAUUUUAAUAUAAUUAUUCAAUGUCAAAUUGCUAUUACAGACGUUGUGAACGUUAUCUAUUUGUAUAUACCGUUCUACAAUCAAAGGAAAUCCGUUAUUCAAUCACUUCCCUCUCAGCUGGGAACCCCACACGAAGCUUGUUCUAAAUCAUUAUAUAAUCACAAGUAUGAGCGUAUAUUCGCUUGUAAUAAGGGGUCAGAAUAUGAUUGGCACAAUAUUCUAGAGGACGUUGCAUAUCUACGUUAUACAGGCUUUAAAUAUAAACGAUUAUCGCGGUUCAGUAGGUCAGCUUAAAGGUGACAAGUUUGUAUUACAUUCUUUUUAGAUUACUAAAAAGACAGAUGAAAUUUUGGUUAACUAGAAAUAUUUUAGAAAAAGAUGUACAUACAUGUAAGAAGUAUUAAAGUCAGAGUUAAUAAUAUUUUAUUAUAAUAAUAUUUAUUUUAUUAGUUUGAAAUUACUAUUCCACAUAUGUUAGUAGAUAUAUACAUUUAUUUAUCUCAUGUUGGUAAUAUAUCAACUACCCCUAAAACAAAUGAUCAUUCAUGAUUGGUAAAAUUGUUCAAUGACAAUUUUCUUUAAUUUUUAGCCAAUUUGGUGAUUUAUUUAAACAGACUAGUCACGAUAUCCAUGAACUCUACAUGCAAUUUUUGUAUAAUCUCGUGAUUAAGAUUAUGAUAUUCUUUUUCUACAUGGAUACAAUGUGUUUUAUUAUUUCGAAUAAAAAAGAAGAGAAAGGAAAGAAAUUGUGAAAUACAAUAUGUUUUUGACGCACGAAUGUAAUAAAACUGGAUAUUAUUAUUGAUGUACCGGAUGGAUAACACGUGUAACGUAAUUGGCUACUUUUGUAUAGUGUAUGUUGUGAUAUAUUACUAUUAAGCUAAGCACUGGAAAACUCGAGGUAAUAUAAAUUUUGAAAGCUAAAAUUAAAUUUUUUACAUCAUUAAUUAUAUAGAUUAAAUAUAUUAUACAUAUUUUACAAUUGUUUGAUUUACAGUUGCAUUUUCUAUUUAUUAAAGAACAUGAUUAACUAUAUAUAACAAUCAUUGUAAUUCUUAUUUUCUAAUCAGUCUAAUGUGUUAGUUUUUUUUAUAUAUAUUACUUUAUAUAAAUUUAUAUGCUUUACUAUACUAAAUUAACUAUACUAUACUAAAUUUAUACUUUAUAUAAAUUACUUCCCUACAAAAAAUAUUUAUGUCAUUGCUGUAUACAUAUUAUGAUGACCUUAAAGUGUUGUCAAAUAUCUCUCAUGUUUGUUAUUAUUUAUCUUUAUGUAUAAGGGAAAUUGACGCAAAUGAUUUCAUAAUUCUCGUCUGAACGAACUAUGAAUUUCACUAUCGGACGAAAAUCAGUUAUUCUGGUUCGAUGUAAUCUUUGAAAAUUUUUUUCCACGCGUCAGCUUAUGGAUAACAUGUAAUUUAACUUUUAAUGAAAAUUUAUGUUGAAGAAAUGAAAUCAUCAUUUAUGAUUCCUGGGUCUUUUAAUAGUUUGACACACUUUAUAUUUAUAUAAAGUUUUGUAAAAAUUAAAAUUUCUACGUUAUAAUGUUCUUUUUUUUUGUAAAUAAACAGUUCUGAAACUGGUCGUCAAACGCAACUCUGCGUAGGUACUUGUAUAUAUAGGAUAAUUACUUAAUUGGAAGGAUUCAUAAUUUGUUUUCUUUUCACGUACUUAUCGAUAUCGAUUUAAAGUAUUUUCGUAAUCGACAAUUGUUAUUUGUUUAAAAAUUCGUGCAGGAUGAAAAUUGAUAAAAAUUAGUCGAACGGGAGUUUGAUUUUAUCAUAUUUCCAAGUUUCGGUUUAAGUAUGUUUCAAUACAUAGAAUUAACAAAUGCUUCGCCGCGAAUGAAGUUUUUUAAUCAACUUCACCGAAUCCAACCUAAAUCCAAGAUCAUAAAUUUUUGUUAUUUGUUAUUAAUUAAUUCUAUAAAUUUUAAUAUUUAUAACAUUUACAAAUAUUACAAUUUUCACUUGAAUUCUUAGUAAGUUCCAAACACACUAAUUAAACUUUUUGAAAUACAAAGUAACAUCAAUAUUUUCAUUCUCAUGUGAAUUAUAAAUUCAUAUUUAUGAAAAUGAUUGGUACGCCAAUAAGAACGAAAUUUUUAAAAAAAAUUCAACAAUUUGUCUUUACUUCUGCAUGUUAUUUUACACAGCUAGAGUUUUAAAUAUGUUACAUGAUAUUUACUUGCUAUAAAAGAGAUUAGCUAUGUCCAAACUUGGUGAUUCAUUAGUAGAUAAGUGUGAUACAUGACAACUCGAAUAACUUAUAUUUUCUUCAUACAUAAUAAAUAUUCCUUUUCAAUUAUUUUAUCUAUAUGCACAAUUGAUACACACUUUGGAUACAUACUGCCAUUAUAUUGUAUUUUGGCGAAUAUGAUUCACAUGUCAUUACAUAUAUUUGUUAUAAAAUAGACAAAGUCGUAUAAUAACUUAUCUACAUUAAUCAUAUGGAUUAUAUGAUACAUUAUUCGUUGAUAAUAGAACAGGAAAAGUACAGUUAUCUGCUUUUAUCGGAUAAUGAUUUUUUAAUUGUUUAUAACGGAAUGACACAGUAAGAUAAGAUAUUCCAGUAAGCUUCAAUUUCCAUUGGGAAGAUUAGAUCUGAUAUAAAGAUAAGAUAUUAUAAACGUGUACAAUCUUUUAGAAUAUUCGAAACGUCCAACAUUUCACAAUAUUUUUUUUUAAUUCAGUUCUUAUUAUUUUUUGUUGUGGAUCUUUUAAUAUCAUUCGGAAUUAUUAAUACAGUGUAAAUGUUGAGGAAAAAAAUUUAUCCAAAGUACAUAUUUUCUAUUGCAACAGAUUGAAUAUCUAAACUACUAAAACUAAAAUGUAGGGAACCGUUUCAAAGCAAGGAAAUUUAAGUAAUUGGGAUCAUCGCAUGACUACGAUGCACGUGAAUUAUUACGUAAUGAUUAAUAUAAUAAUCUAUGUAAUAUCAGGGGCGUAGAAUUUAUAGUUAUAAAUAAACUAUAGGUUUCUAUGCAAAUUCAUAUUUUUGUGAGAAUAAUUUAAAAAAUAGAAUUUUACAGACAAAUGUCCAUUUCAUAUAUCAAAUAUCAUAACAGAUAUUAUUUUCAACAUUUUAUGUUUUUAU